GGGAAACAUAGGUCACAUGCAGUUUGUGAUAAGCUGUCCAGCACAUAUUGGCUUUAGUACUGCGGUAUUCCUCUCCUGCACCUGUUCUCCUGUAAGUCUUCUGAACAAUCCUUCAGUCUUCUUGGUUGGAGACUGAGCUUAGGAGCAUCUCUCGCAUCAAUGCAUUUGCGUAAAUGGAUCUGGAGUGUGUGCGCAGUGGCUGGCCUGGUGCUCAUUGCCAGCGAAGAUUCCCAGUGUGAAAUAACCUGGGAGAUUCCUCGCUUUGACGGCUGGUACAACAGUUUGGGAUAUCCCCGGCGCGGAGCUGUCGGUUCCCAUCUCAUGCGCCUCGUGCCCGCGCACUACCGGGACGGAGUGUACCAGCCUGUGCAUGAGCCGCUGCUGCCAAACCCCCGCAGACUGAGCAGGCUGCUGGCCGAAGGGCCCUCCGGUCUGCCCUCCACACGCAACCAGACCGUGCUCUCUCUGUUCUUCGGUUACCAUAUUCUUUUUGAAAUUUCGGACUCAAGAACUCCCAGUUGUCCUCCUGAGUUCAUGAACAUCCCAGUCCCAAAAGGUGACCCCAUCUUUGACCCCACUGCCACCGGAAAAGUCCAGCUGCCCUUCCAGAGAAGUCCGUGGGACAAAGAGUCGGGACAGAGUCCCAGUAACCCUCGAAUACAGGUCAACUUGGUGACCGCAUGGAUAGAUGGCAGCUCUAUAUAUGGCCCGUCCACUUCCUGGUCUGACUCCUUGAGGAGCUUCUCUGGAGGGCUCUUGGCUUCAGGCUCUGAGUGGAACAUGCCAAAUCAGGGAGGAAACAAGCUCAUGUGGAGCGCCGCCGAUCCCUCUACGGGAGACCACCGAUCCCAAGGCCUUUAUGAGUUGGGAAAUGCCUGGGCCAAUGAGAACGUGUUCACGGCAGCAGAGGGGAUUAUCUGGUUUCGCUACCACAAUUAUGUCGCCUCCAAACUGCACCAAGAACACCCGGAGUGGCCAGACGAGAAGCUGUUUCAAAACGCCAGGAAGACCGUUGUGGCCACAUUUCAGAAUAUCGCGCUCUAUGAAUGGCUACCUGGGUUCCUCAAAGACAAACAGCUUCCUCCUUAUCCAGGUUACCAGAAGUUUGUUGAUCCAGGGAUCUCGCCUGAGUUUCACGCUGCUGCCGCACGGUUCGGCAUCACUAUGGCCCCAUCUGGUGUCUACAUGAGGAACAGAACCUGCCAUUUUCGGAGGAUCAUCAACGCGGAUGGAAGCACGUCGCCAGCGCUGCGUCUUUGUAACAGCUUUUGGAAGCGUGAGUCAUCUAAUAAGAAGACAAGCCAGGAUGUAGACGACCUCCUCAUGGGCAUGGCCUCUCAGAUUGCAGAGAGAGAAGACAAUGUUGUAGUAGAGGACCUAAGAGACUACAUGUACGGACCUCUAAGGUUCAGCCGGACAGAUCUGGUGGCAGUGACGAUCCAGAGAGGACGAGACUUUGGUUUACGAAGUUACAACGAGAUCAGAAAAGCUCUGGACUUGCCUCCCGUAGAGACAUUUGAAGAUAUAAACCCAGAGCUCAACAGCACAGACCCUCAGUUGCUCCAAGAUGUUUCAGAGCUGUAUAACGGAGACGUCUCUAAACUGGAGCUCUUCCCUGGAGGGCUGCUGGAGUCUCUGGACGGUCCAGGUCCAGUUUUCUCGGCUAUAAUUCUGGACCAGUUCGAGCGCAUCAGAAACGGAGACCGCUUCUGGUUUGAGAACAAACAGAAUGGUUUGUUCACAGACGAGGAGAUCCAGACGAUCCGCAACACCACGUAUCAUGACGUCCUUGUUGCUGUCACGAGCGCUGAACACGCUGAUAUACAAAACAAUGUGUUCAUUUGGAGAGACGGUGACCCCUGUCCUCAGCCCACACAGCUGAAUGCAUCAAUGCUCCAUCCCUGCACUAAUGCUACAAAACUUAAUUACUUUGAUGGGAGCAAAGCUGGCUUUGGGAUAUUUAUUGUUGUCCUGUUCCUCUUUCCUGUUGUGAGUUUUCUCGCGGCCUGCAUGGUGGCGUAUCUCCGCAAGUACAGGUACAGGAAGUUUCAGAGAAGAAGGAAAGUCGGCGACAGAACGGAGGAGCCAGCCGUGGGAAUCACUGCGUACGAGUGGCAGGGCCACAAAAAACCGCUGCACCCCGUCAGUGUGGAGGUCGAUAAGAAGAGGAGGCUGUACGUCUUUGACAGAUGUGGGUCCACUCAGCGAUGUCUCAGUCUGAGCAACCAGGACCACCUGGACGUCCUUCUCUCCAACGACCGGCACCAUAAAGCUCUGCUGCUCAAAGUACCUAAAGAGUAUGACCUGGUGCUGUUUUUUGAUGAUGACAGCAAGCGCGCAGAAUUUGUCAAGCAUCUGUGCCCAGAGGAGACAGACAUCGGGCUGCAGAUCAGAGUGAAGCAGAUGAGAGAGAGGGAGCUGCUGAGGGAGGCUUUAACCAGAGAGCAGAGGGCUCAGAUUGUGGAAACGUUCAUUCGACACGCUUUCUCUAAGGUCUUGGAAAUAGAGAGGUGUGAUGCUGGGGAUAUGAGUGGCGUUUCCCACAGGAAAGCCAGAGAGGUUCUCCAGUGCGAGCUGACAGCAUCAGAGUUUGCUGACGCCCUCGGCCUCAAGCCUGACUCCUUGUUUGUGGACUCCAUGUUCACACUGGCAGAUAAAGAUGGAAAUGGUUACCUCUCCUUUCAAGAGUUUCUUGACGUUAUGGUCAUCUUCAUGAAAGGGUCUCCAGAGGAGAAGUCCAGACUGAUGUUCUCCAUGAACGACAUUGGGGGAACUGGCUUCUUGUCAAAAGAAGAAUUUGCCAGGAUGCUCAGGUCUUUCAUUGAAAUCUCCAACGGUGCUCUGUCAAAGAACCAGGCAGAGGACGGCAUCAAGGCCAUGAUGCAGGCCGCGGGCUUUGAAGACAAGGAGAAAAUCUCUUGGGAGGACUUUCACUUCCUCUUGCGGGAUCAUGAGAAGGAGCUGCAGUUUGCUCAGCUCAAUGUCAAAGGCAUGGAGAAACAGGGCAAGAAGCGGCUGAGUCGGGACCAGAGGGUGUCCUUCAUCUGUCCAGCAAACAGCGACUACAAGACUGAUGGAUUGGAGAUACGCAGAAGGAAAAAGUUGAUCUCCAACGCUCCAAACGUCUAUGUGAACCCUAAGCGUGAGCUGUACAUAAGGAACCCAGUGCAGCAGAAAGUCCAGCAGUUCAAGCGCUUUGUCGAGAACUAUCGACGUCACAUUGUUUGUUUCAUCGUCGUGUACGGCAUCACAGCUGGUGUGGCUCUCGAGAGGUGUUACUACUAUGGUUUGCAGGCCGAGUCUUCUGGUGUCCCCGAGACAUCGAUAGUGGGCAUCAUCGUGUCCCGUGGCUCGGCGGCUGCCGUCUCCUUCCUGUUUCCCUACAUGCUUCUCUCCGUGUGUCGCAACCUCGUCACUCUGUUCCGAGAAACCUUCCUCAACCGAUACAUCCCCUUCGACGCUGCCAUCGACUUCCACCGCUUCAUGGCCAUGACUGCCAUCAUUCUCACAGUUGUUCAUAGCUUGGGCCAUGUGGUCAACAUCUACAUCUUCUCCAUCAGUGACCUCCACAUCUUAUCUUGUCUGUUCCCCAGAGUCUUAGCCAAUAAUGGGUCUGAGCUUCCCCUCAAGUGGUACUGGUGGUUCUUUCAAACCGUUCCAGGGAUGACCGGUGUCUUGCUCCUCCUCGUCUUUGCGUUCAUGUACGUUUUUGCCUCGCACUAUUUCCGUCGCAUCAGUUUUCGCGCAUUUUGGAUCACACAUUACCUCUACAUCGUUGUCUACAUUCUUACAGUUAUUCAUGGCAGCUUUGCUCUGCUCCAAGAGCCUCGUUUCUACAUCUACCUAAUCCCCCCAGCCCUUCUCUUCCUGCUCGACAAACUGAUCAGCCUGAGCAGGAAGAAGGUGGAGAUUCCUGUUGUCAGAGCUGAGCUACUCCCUUCAGGCGUGACACAUCUGGAAUUUAAGCGGCCGCAGGGGUUUGUGUACCGCUCAGGCCAGUGGGUUCGUAUAGCGUGCCUGGUGUUGGGAACCAAUGAGUACCACCCAUUCACGCUGACAUCAGCACCUCACGAGGAAACCCUGAGCCUGCACAUCCGAGCUGUGGGACCCUGGACCAGCCAGCUCCGAGAGCUCUACACUGAAGAAAACCUGCUAGAACUCGAAGCCUAUCCAAAGCUGUACCUGGACGGCCCGUUUGGUGAGGGCCACCAGGAGUGGAUCAACUUUGAGGUGUCUGUUCUGGUGGGAGGAGGAAUCGGAGUCACCCCGUUCGCCUCGAUCCUCAAAGACCUGGUGUUCAAGUCGUCCAUCAAGUCCAAGAUUCUCUGUAAAAAGGUGUAUUUCAUCUGGGUGACACGUACGCAGCGUCAGUUCGAGUGGGUGUCAGACAUCAUCAGGGAGGUGGAGGAGAUGGACACCCAGGAGCUGGUCUCAGUCCACACUUACAUCACCCAGGUGGCCGAAAAGUUCGACCUGCGCACCACCAUGCUGUACGUGUGUGAGCGCCACUUUCAAAAGGUGUGGAACCGCAGUCUCUUCACUGGCCUACGCUCCGUCACGCACUUCGGACGUCCACCCUUUGUGUCCUUUUUCAGCUCGCUGCAGGAAGUUUACCCUGAGGUGGGUAAAAUAGGUGUGUUCAGCUGUGGACCACCAGGACUGACCAAGAACGUGGAGAAAGCUUGCCAGCAGAUGAACAAGAGGGAUCAGGCCCACUUCAUGCAUCACUAUGAGAACUUCUAAACCGUCCAGAGCUCUGGGCCGCAUGGUUACACAGAGAACAAUGAGACGCUUUUAAUGAGUAAUAUUUUUCAACAUGCAAUCAUAGGCUUUGAUUUUAUAUUAAUUGCACUGAAAUAUUAAAGUGGAAGAUGUUUGAUUAAAUGAGUUGUCUUCUUUGCAAAUACACAUCAUUGUUAUACUCAUUCACACUCAAGUAUAUUUCAUACAAUGUCACAAACAUAUUAUUAAUUAUAGUAGUUAAUUAUAAAUGAUUUUAAAGAAUUAAAUACUGUUCACAUUUAGUGCCUUCACGUGGUCUGGGUUGGGGUUAGCUGAGACCAAGAAUUCCCUCAUAGUGUCCUUACAAUUUUAAACUGCACAUGUUUACAAUGUCUAAUAUGUCUCAUAAUAAAGGUGUGAUUAAUCCUUAA